AUGGCGGUCAGCAUCAUGUCGGCCUGUUGUCGAGCGUCCGUUCUGUUUCUCUUCCCUCUCGGCUGCUUCCUUCAGCUCCUCGUCCAAGGAGAAGUGUUUCGGGCUCCGCGGGCCCACGAUGUGUUCCUGCGGGCCCACAGUGUGUUCCUGCGGUCCAAACGGGCCAACCUGUUCCUGGUGGAGGAGAUCCUGCAGGGGAACCUGGAGCGGGAGUGUUACGAGGAACUGUGUAGCUACGAGGAGGCCCGCGAGUACUUCGAAGACACCAAGAAGACGAUGGCCUUCUGGACUGUUUACUACGAUGGGAACCAGUGUGAGCCGAACCCCUGCCUCCACGGAGGGAACUGCACCGACAAAGUGGGGGGGUUCCACUGCUCCUGCCCCGACCCCCAUUACGGACCAGCCUGUGAACUGGGAUGUCCGACUGAAGGCCCGACAGCUUGUCACCAGCUGUGCACGGCGUCCUACAACACCUUCACCUGCUCCUGCAUGGCGGGAUUCAAACUACAGGCCAACGGGCGGAGCUGCCUGCCUGAAGUGAAGUUUCCCUGCGGAAGACUUCCCGAAACGUUCAACAGGACUGCGUCAAUGUGUCUCCAUGGAAAAUGUCCCUGGCAGGUGUCCGUGCUGAACAGCAGACAGGUGGAGGUGUGCGGUGGCGUGGUGCUGGGUCGAUUCUCUGUCCUGACAGCCGUCAGCUGCCUCGUCCUGGACUCAGGAUCUGAUCUCCGACCCUCCAACUUCUACGUGCUCGCCGGUGACGAGAAGAUGCUCAUCCCUGUCCGGGCUCUGUACAUCCAUGACCGUUUCCAUCCAAAUCACCAUGACAACGACCUCGCCCUCCUCGAGCUGUCCCGCCCCCUUACCUUCAGCCCCUCCCUCAUCCACCUCUGCCUGCCCACUAAGGACUUCAGCGAAAACAUCCUGAUGCAUUCUGGGAGGAUGGGCAUCACUGAGAGACAGGGGGUCAGUCGGACCCAGAAACUAGUCUACAUGACGUUGGACGAGUGUCGCCGCCAGCUGAACGUCUCGCAUCCGCUCAGUAACAAAAUGUUCUGCAUGAGGAGGGAAACUGCAGCAGCGGGGAGGCAGAUCAGACCUUUAGUGAACCAAAACAGAGUCCAGAGGAGCACAAAUGGACCUUCAGGGUACCGAAAUGUAGCCCAGGAGAGGCUGAAUGGACAAACAGGGAACCAGAACCAGAAUCCAGCCCAUAACUAUGAAAAUGAAGAACCCGGGACGGAGACUGGAGCAGGAAAAAGUGACAGUUCAAAGAUUCAAAACCAUGAGACCUCGGAAGCUGACGGCAGUCUGAGGUCAGAGGUCAGCAGCAGGCAGUGCGGCGGUCUGUUGCCAGGGACGCCCGUUGCCACUGUGGAUCGCGAGACGGCGUUUCUGACCGGGCUUCUGAUGUCAUCAUCCGCAGGCUGUGAUGGCGGCGGUCUGGUGUUCACCAAACUUUCCCGCUACCUGGGCUGGAUCAAACCCCGGGUGGAGACCGCCGAAGAUCACAUGACCCCCCAAGUGACGCAGUAUCCUGAGAAUCGCUAA